AGCUUAGAGGAUCGUAGCUGAAAUCGAACGAAUUGUGCUGCCUACGACCUCCUUGCUUCUCGAUUCUGGCGAUUAGAUUCUUGCACUUGUCCUUGCUCUCCAAUUCAUGCGCUGUCGAUUUCAGCCAAGUGUACAGCGACCGCAGCGUCCUCGUCUUCAACUCGUCCAGGUCAAUCGUCGCUGCCUCGCCGUGAUCCGUCGUACGGAACAGCAAAUCGAUGAUUUCAGCUUAUUGCUGACCCCCUCUUUCGGCGAUGAAAAAGAGCAUUUAUCAAAAAUACCAAUAUCUGAAAUCAGAAAUGUUGAGUCCACCACCAACAAACACAUUCAGAACUUGCUUCCUUUCUCUUCUUCCUUCUUGUUGCCCAGAGAAAGUUCAUCUCCUCUAACUUUCGGAAGUUCCAUAGGAAAUACUAAACCCCAAACCCCUCCAUUCUUUCCCAAUAAUCACAAGCUUUCACUCACUACUACCACGGCGGCGGCAGUGGCGACUGCUACUACUACUGCCCAUCAUCGAGAGAAUGCAGCUGAUGACAAUUCUGAGAAUUCUCAGCAGCAGCGUCCAUCAUUAACAGCAAGAGUGCUUAAAAACAAUAGAUUUACAAGGCGGAGGGUGACUCAGCAGCAGUGUCGUUCCGAGAAGCAGCAGGCAGUGCAGAGACAGACACCGUAUACUGAAACUGAUGCGUACAUGGCUAUAGAACUAGCAAUGGAUUCGGUUGUGAAGAUUUUCACUGUUUCCAGUAGCCCCAACUAUUUCCUCCCUUGGCAAAAUAAGUCCCAAUGCGAAAGCAUGGGCUCCGGAUUUGUUAUUCCUGGGAAAAGGAUUCUUACAAAUGCCCAUGUGGUGGCUGAUCAGACAUUUGUGCUUGUAAGAAAGCAUGGUUCCCCCACAAAAUAUAGGGCAGAGGUUCUGGCUGUUGGUCAUGAAUGUGACUUAGCUAUGCUUGUUGUUGAAAGUGAAGAGUUCUGGGAAGGCAUGAAUUAUUUGGAGCUGGGAGAUGUUCCAAUUCUCCAAGAAGCUGUUGCUGUUGUUGGAUAUCCCCAAGGAGGUGACAACAUUUCUGUUACUAAAGGUGUUGUCUCUAGAGUUGAACCCACACAAUAUGUACAUGGUGCAACCCAGCUAAUGGCAAUACAGAUAGAUGCAGCUAUAAAUCCUGGGAACAGUGGGGGGCCAGCUAUAAUGGGCAGCAAAGUUGCCGGUGUAGCUUUUCAGAACCUUGCAAACGCUGAGAAUAUUGGCUACAUAAUUCCUGUUCCAGUAAUAAAGCAUUUUAUAUCUGGUAUUGAGGAAAGUGGAAAGUAUGUUGGAUUCUGCUCUAUGGGUUUAUCUUGCCAGCCUACAGAAAACGCUCAGCUUCGUAACCACUUUGGAAUGCACCCUGGGAUGACUGGGGUACUUGUGAGCAAGAUUAACCCUCUUUCAGAUGCAAACAGAUUCCUAAAAAAGGAUGACAUCAUCCUUUCAUUUGAUGGAGUGCCUAUAGCAAAUGAUGGAACUGUUCCUUUCCGGAACAGGGAGCGGAUAACGUUUGAUCAUUUGGUGUCCAUGAAGAAACCCAGUGAAACAGCUUUGGUCAAAGUUUUGAGGAAUGGGGAAGAGCAUGAGUUCACUGUGACCUUACGACCUUUGCAGCCUCUAGUUCCAGUUCAUCAAUUUGACAAACGUCCUAGUUAUUACAUUUUUGCUGGUCUGGUCUUUAUUCCGCUAACCCAGCCAUACCUACAUGAGUAUGGAGAAGACUGGUAUAAUACUUCACCUCGUCGACUCUGUGAGCGUGCAUUGAGGGAGCAGCCUCAAAAGGCUGGGGAGCAACUAGUCAUCCUGUCUCAGGUGUUGAUGGAUGAUAUCAAUACAGGAUAUGAACGUCUUGCUGAACUCCAGGUCAAGAAAGUCAACGGGAUCAAAAUUGACAACCUGAAGCAUUUGUGCCAGCUUGUGGAAAAUUGUAGCACAGAGAGCUUGAGGUUUGAUUUGGAUGAUGAUAGGGUGGUUGCAUUGAACUAUAAGUUGGCCAGAAUUGCCACUUCUAGAAUUUUACAACGUCAUAGAAUUCCUUCUGCCAUGUCAAGUGACCUUAUUAGCGAAGAAAACUGCGAUCUUGCCUGCUCUAGCUGAGUCCUUAAAUCUAACUUGAUGCGUGGGCAGGCCACUAGAUUGAGUUGGCCAAGUUUUUGUAAUUCAUUGGUUGGGAGUCACACACCUAAAAUGCAUUCGGUGACGUAACAGUAUUCUUUGUACGGUGCAUUCUUGCUAAUUGUAGUCUAGUUUUAGCCUAAGAAGGAACUUAGAAGAGCAAGGGACAUACCAAAUCCCAAGGCUACUUUACGCCUUGAAAGCAAUUGGUGUCUCAAAUUAAUGAAGUUCCUUUUUUUUU